AUGGCGUUGCAACAAAGAGAAAUUGACCGUCAACGGCAAGAGUUGAAUGAGCGGCAGGCUAACAUGGACCGCCGACAAAGAGAUGCCACUGUCGCCCUGGAAGCAGCCAUUCAUUUGGCCCGAAGACAACCUACGCCAACUUCUCAACUGGAUCAGCCACCAAGUGUACCACCACAACAAGGCCCAAACUCAAGUCAUCCACCUCAACCGACAAGUCCUCUAAGGCCGGAGCAGCCUCCUGCUGCUCAACAAGAUAUUCCAUUUCAAGAUCCUGAGCAGCAGCCACCUCCUCGUGUUGGUCAAGAUAAUCCUCAGCAUUAA